AUGACUCCACUUGCGAUGACGAACAAACGAGGCCAUGUUGAGGUUCUGAAGUACCAUAUCAGCAAGGACGUCGAGAUUGAGAGGUCCGACAAGGACGGCUGGCCACCACUUAUUUGGGCAUGUGUCCGAGGGCUUCUAUCCACAGCUAACGAUCUCCUUCAUGUGGGUGCAGAUGUCAAUGCCGCCGACAAACGCGGCUGGACAGCACUGCAUUUCUCCAUCCAUUACGAUCGUCUGGAUGUCAUUAAGAGUCUUGUUUCUGCAGGAGCUGAUCUCAACUGGCCAGAUGAAGACGGGACCACACCUCUUCAUAUCGCUUGCUUCAACGGUCUCAUUCAAAUUCUAAAGUAUCUGCUAAUCAAUGGAGCUGAUCUUCAGAAAGCAAAGUUUGAUGGGACAACACCGCUCCAUUCCGCGUCUACUGAAGGUCAUCGCAACGUCGUCAGUUUCAUUUUACAGCAAAAAGAGGUAACUUGUAUAAAAUAA